AUGUGGCCACUAUCUGCAUUAACUUCUUGGUGACAGGGGGGCAGUAUUGGGUAGCUUGGAUGAAUAAGGUGCCCAAAGUAAACUGCCUGUUUAAUAUGCAUGUUAUUAGUAGUAUUGGAUAGAAAACACCCCGAAGUUUCUAAAACUGUUUGAAUGAUGUCUGUGAGUAUAACAGAACUCAUAUGGCAGGCGAAGACCUGAGAUAAAUCCAACCAAGAAGUGGGAAAUCUGAGGCUUGUAGUUUUUUUAAACUCAGCCCCUAUUGUAGAUACAGUGGGAUAUUGGUUAUGUUGCACUUCCUAAGGCUUCCACUAGAUGUCAAGAGUCUUUAGAACUUUGUUUGAGGAUUCUACUGUGAAGUGGGGCUGAAUGAGAGAGGAAAAGCCAGGUGUCUGGCAGUUUGCCACAGGCUCUGAGGCGCAGUCACAAGAGAGUUAGCUCUCGUUCCAUUGCUUUUCUACAGACAUAGGAAUUCUCCGGUUGGAACAUUAUUGAAGAUUUAUGAUAAAAACAUCCUAAAGAUUGAUUCUACACUUAGUUUGACAAGUUUCUACUGGCUGUAAUGGAACUUUUUGAACUUUUCGUCCGACGUUCGGCAGGACCUGAACGCGCUUUUGGAUUUGUUUACCAAACACCCUAACAAAAGAAGCUAUUUGGACUAGAGUUCGGUCGAUUAUGAUUUUUCAACGCCGAUACCGAUAUCGAUUAUUGGAGGAUCCGGGAGAAUUGUCAUCAACUACACUAAUUAGCAUAGCGCAACGGUCAAAAAAUAUUACUAGAAAAUAUUCAUAUUCAUGAAAUCACAAGUGAAAUAUAGUGAAACACAACUUAGCCUUUUGUUAAUCACACUGUCAUCUCUGAUUUUGAAAUUAUGCUUUACAGCCAAAGCAAGACAAGUGUUUGUCUAAGAGAAGUAUAUCUCUAAUUGUAUGUAUUUGUAUUGUUGUAUUUUCAUCAACAUUUAUAAUGAGUAUUUCUGUAAAUAGAUGUGGCUCUCUGCACAAUCACCGCAUGUUUUAGAACUACUGAACGUAACGCGCCAAUGUAAAAUGAGAUUUGUUUUAUAUAAAUAUGCACUUUAUCGAACAAAACAUACAUGCAUUGUGUAACAUGAAGUCCUAUGAGUGUCAUCUGAUGAAGAUCAUCAAAGGUUAGUGAUUAAUUUUACCUCUAUUUGUGCUUUUUGUGACUCCUCUCUUUGGCUGAAAAAAUGGCUGUGUUUUUCUGUGAGUUGGUGGUGACCUAACAUAAUCAUUCGUGUUGCUUUCGCUGUAAAGCAUUUUUGAAAUCAGACACUGUGGCUGGAUUAACGAGAAUUCUAUCUUUAAAUGAGUGUAAAAUACUUGUAUGCCUGAGGAAUUUUAAUUAUGAGAUUUUUGUUGUUUUGAAUUUACGCCCUGCACUUUCACUGGCUGUUGACGAUGUGGGACGCUACCGUCCCACAUAUCCCAGAGAGGUUUUAAGUACUGCAGUGCAUAUCCUCCUCAUGGACUGCACCAGAUUUUCCAGUUCUUGCUGUGAGAUGUUCCUACACUCUUCCACCAAGGCACCUGCAAGUUCCUGGACAUUUAUGUGGGGAAUGGCCCUAGCCCUCACCCUCCAAUCCAACAAGUCCUAGACGUGCUCAAUGGGAUUGAGAUCCAGGCUCUUCGCUGGCCAUGGCAGAACACUGACAUUUCUGUCUUGCUUGAAAUCACGCACAGAACGAGCAGUAUGGCUGGUGGUAUUGUCAUGCUGGAGGAUCAUGUCAGAAUGAGCCUGUAGGAAGGGUACCACAUGAGGGAGGAGGAGGUCUUCCCUGUAACACACAGCGUUAAGAUUGCCUGCAAUGACAACAAGCUCAGCACGAAGAUGCUGUGACACACCGCCCCAGACCAUGACGGACCCUCCACCUCCAAAUCAAUCCCGCUCCCGAGUACAGGCAUUAGUGUAACGCCCAUUCCUUUGACGAUAAAAGCGAAUCCGACCAUCACCCCUUGGUGAGACAAAACCGCGACUCGUCAGUGGAGAGCACUUCUUUCCAGUCCUGUCUGGGCCAGCGACGGUGGGUUUGUGCCCAUAGGCGACGUUGUCCUCACCGGUGAUGUCUGGUGAGGACCUGCCUUACAACAGGCCUGCAAGCCCUCAGUCCAGCCUUUCUCAGCCUAUUGCGGACAGUCUGAGCACUGAUAGAGGGAUUGUGCGUUCCUGGUGUAACUCGGUCAGUUGUUGUUGCCAUCCUUUACCUGUCCCGCAGGUGCGAUGUUCGGAUGUACCGAUCCUGUGCAGGUGUUGUUACACUUGGUCUGCCACUGUGAGGAUGAUCAGCUGUCCGUUCUGUCUCCCUGUAGCGCUGUCUUAGGUGUCUCACAGUACAGACAUUGCAAUUUAUUGCCCUGGCCACAUCUGCAGUCCUCAUGCCUCCUUGCAGCAUGCCUAAGGCACGUUCACUCGAGCAGGGACCCUGGGCAUCUUUCUUUUGGUGUUUUUCAGAGUCAGUAGAAAGGCCUCUUUAGUGUCCUAAGUUUUCAUAACUGUGACCUUAAUUGCCUACCGUCUGUAAGCUGUUACUGUAACGGCCGUUGUUGGUGGAAGAAGGUGAGAACCAAGGUCAAGGUGGUAUGUGUCCAUAUUUAUUAGAAUGAACAUGGAAAUAACAAAAAUAACAAAGAGAAACAACCGAAAACAGUUCUGGCUGGUGCAGACACACAACAGAAAACAGAAAAUAAUUACCCACGAAACACAAUAGAAAACAGGCUACGUAAAUAUGGUUCUCAAUCAGGGACAACGAUUGACAGCUGCCCUUGAUUGAGAACCAUACCAGGCCAAACACAGAAAUAGCAAAUCAUAGAAAAACUAACAUAGACAACCCACCCAACUCACGCCCUGACCAUACUAAAACAAAGACAUAACAAAAGAGGUAAGGUCAGAACAUGACAGUGUCUGUUAGUGUUCCACAGGUGCAUGUUCAUUAAUUGUUUAUGGUUCAUUUUACAAGCAUGGGAAACAGUGUUUAAACCAUUUACAUUGAAGAUCUGUGAAGUUGUUCGGGUUUCUAUGAAUUAUCUUUGAAAGACAGGGUCCUGAUAAAGAGACAUUUCUUUUUUUGCUGGGUUUAUAUAUAUUUUUAAUCCCAGAUGUUUUUAUUUUAACGCUCUCUCAGUAAAAACCCAUGUAUCUUAUUGUUGAUGCAUGGUCCACACUGAUUGACAGUGGUGAGUAAGGGGGAAAAAAGUGGAGGAUUUCCCCAUCACUCUGAAGAGUCAUCAGCUGCCUGUAAACUGUGCCCAUAUCCUGAGGUAUUGAGUAUAGACGGCAGACCCCAUGGCCUUACAGGACCCCCAGUGUUUUCUCACUGAAUUCCAGUCUCCCUCCUUUGUUUGCGAUGUUGAUUUUCCUCUCCUUUAAUUGGCAGAGUAUCAGGUUGAUGCUAAUUGUCCUUGUAUAAGAUACAAUGGGAAAGAGUGUUAUGUUAUUGAUAAGAGACAUGCUCAUCCAGCAGGCUGUAUCUGUACAAGCAGCUUUGGUGAUCCAGGUAGUGGGUGGCAGGUAGCCUAGCGGUUAAGAGCUUUGGUAACCAAAAGGUUGCUAGUUCGAAUCCCUGAGUCGACUAAAUAAAACAUCUGUCUGUGCCAUUGAGCAAGGCAUUUAACCCUAAUUGCUCCUGUAAGUCGCUCUGGAUAAAAGCGUCUGCUAAAUGACUAAAAUGUAAAAAUUUGAAAUAUGGUGCAACUGUUUGUGUUGUUGGUGUCGAAUGGUUGAAUGAUGUCUUCACUAUUGGGCAUGUAUUGAUGUGUGUAUUUAGGAGAUUGUUCUUAAGUGUCCAUCAGACUGGUUUGUUGCCCACAUAGCUAGGGUCACACGACCAGAUCAGUAAAACGUCUUGGCCCUAUAGCAUACAUAAAGACUUGUGUAUACUUACACAGUAAGAACAGACUUGUAGACCUGUGUAUUACCUACAGAGCAUUCUUAUAGACGUGUGUUAGACCUGAGUUGGAUCCACACACAGACAGUUGGUUUGUUUGCGCUGAGUCAGGAACUUAUCAUGCCUUGCAGUCAGUGUCUCUGCUGGUCUGCUCUGCUGGUUUGGUCUGGUGUGUGGCAUGUCUCCACACAUGCUGAAGCUGGCUGGCCAGCCUGCAAGGUUAAUGAUCACUCCAGAACUCCACUCUCUGCACCUCAGAUUCCUGUCUGCAAACACAGAAGAUUUACGCAUGCCACCUGUGUGUGUGUGUGUGUGUGUGUGUGUGUGUGUGUGUGUGUGUGUGUGUGUGUGUGCGGCACAUAAGUGUGUCUCACACGUGUGACUUAAGUUGUAAACGGUGCUUGAUCAAGUGUGGCUUUGUUUUGGUUCAACCAAACUUGUAACAGUUAGUGACUGGUCAGUUCAUGGAUCAUUCAUCAGCAAUUCAAUGUAAUGAAAUGACCUCUCAUUCUGCCCAACCUUGUGUUCUAGCUAGGGACACAGUGACAAUUUGUUGGGGCUUGAGAUGGCACUGAAAUCAAGCUUGCAGUUUGUUUUAGCUCUAUGGAAAUGGAGCAGACUUUGGACUAUUGAUCCUAUUCAUUUGUACUUUUUCAAUGUGCCAAUUUGCCAGUGUGUUAUUAAGACACUCUCUCUUCCUUUUUACCUAUCUGAUUAAAACACUUUCACUUCUUCAAGAUGUUCAAAUGUUCAUAAAUGACCAGCAGGGUCAAAUAAUAAUCACAGUGGUUAUAGAGGGUGCAAGAGUCAGCACAUCAGGAGUAAAUGUCAAUCAAUCACAUUUGUUUAUAAAGCCCUUUUUACAUCAGCAGUUGUCACAAAUUGCUUAGACAGAAACCCAGCCUAAAACCCCAGAGAGCAAGCAAUGCAGAUGUAGAAAAGUGGUGGCUAGAAAAACUCCCUAGAAAGGCAGGAACGUAGGAAGAAACCUAGAAUGGAACUAGGCUGUGAGGAGUGGCCUGUCCUCUUCUCGCUGUGCCUGGUGGGGAUUAUAAGAGUACAUGGCCAUGAAGGCCAGAUCGUUCUUCAAGAUGUUCAAACGUUCAUAGAUGACCAGCAUGGUCAGUUGGCUUUUCAUAGCCGAGCAUUCAGAGGUCGAGACAGCAGGUGUGGUAGAGAGAGAAGGGGGAGAGAGCGAGGGUCGAAACAGCAGGUCUGGGACAAGGUAGCACGACCGGUGAACAGAUCAGGUUUCUAUAACUGCAGGCAGAAGUGCAGAAACUGGAUCAGCAGCACGACCAGGUGGACUGGGGACGGGGAAAGCCAGGAGUCAUCGGACCCGGUAGUCCUGAGGCAUGGUCAUAGGGCACAGGGAGAGAGAGAGAGAUUGGAGAAUUAGAUGAAGCAUACUUAAGAUCACACAGGACACUAGAUAAGACAGGAGAAUUACACCAGAUAGGACAGACAGACCACCGAAAAAAGCCUGGCACAACGUAAUGCACCCCUCCUAGGGACGGAAUGGGAAAGUGCAAGCAAGCCAAUGACUCAGCAACCUUAAUAGGGUCAGAGAAUCCCAGUGAAGAGAGGGGAGCCCUGCAGAGACAGCAAGGGUGGCUUGUCAUUCCAGUGCCUUGUUGUUCACCUUCACACUCCUGGGCCAGACUACCUUCAGUGUGAUGUUGAACGUAAUGUUAUGUUUUUGUGGUGUGUGUUGUUUUUGUUGUGUAUGUUGUCUUUUACAGGAAGCGCGGGGGUGACCUUCCUGACCCCAUGUCGCGUGGCAGGCGUGUGUCUGACCGUGGUGCUACUGGGGGGGAUUGGAGCUGCUGUCUGGGCUGUAGUAACAUUUUGUAUCAGAGAAGAAGACACAGGAUUAUAUGAUGUCCAGGUGAACUCCAAUCCAAGCUCGGACCUGCGUCUCCGGGUGUUUGACUCGGCCGAGCGACGGUGGAGACACCUCUGUUCCUCAGAGGCCAACCAGCUCCUGGCCAACAUCAGCUGUGAGGAGAUGGGCUUUGUCAGCGUGGUGAAUUACUCCGUGUCCAGUAUCCCUGAAGGCAGUAACGACCGUGAGGAGUUCUUCUGUGUCAAAGAGAAGGAGCUGACCUAUGGAAAGAAGAUCAAAGAGUCUCUAUAUCCAUGUGACUGUGAAACUGGCCAGGUUCUAAGUCUGCUUUGUCAAGACUGUGGCAGGCGUAGUCUGACAGCGGACCGUAUAGUAGGUGGUGUAGAUGCUAGGCAGGGUAGCUGGCCGUGGCAGGUCAGUUUGCAGUAUGACGGGGUGCACCAGUGUGGAGGCUCCAUCAUCUCAGACCGCUGGAUCGUCAGCGCAGCCCACUGCUUCCCAGAGAGGAACCGACAGGUGUCUCGAUGGAGGGUGUUACUGGGCUCCAUCUACAACAAGCUCACCCAUAAGAAUGUUAGAGUUCUUGAGGUAAAGACUGUGGUGUAUCACAGCAGCUACCUGCCCUUUGUAGACCCCAACAUAGACGACAACAGCAGAGACAUCGCUGUCCUGGCUCUGGCCCAGCCUCUGCACUUCACAGACUACAUCCAGCCGGUGUGCUUACCCCACUACGGCCAGCGCCUGAUUGACGGCCAGUUGGGGACAGUGACUGGCUGGGGAAAUGUAGGUUACUAUGGGACUCUUGCUGACGUUCUUCAGGAGGCUAACGUGCCAAUCAUCAACGACGCUGUCUGUAACGCCCCUGAUUACUAUGACAACCAGAUCACCACCAGCAUGUUCUGUGCUGGCUUUGAGAAGGGUGGUACCGAUGCCUGUCAGGGGGACAGCGGGGGCCCGUUUGUGGCUGAGGACUCCCUGUCCAAGGCCAGCCGCUACCGCCUGCUGGGGGUGGUGAGCUGGGGAACAGGCUGUGCCAUGGCCAAGAAGCCUGGCGUCUACACCAGAGUGUCCCGCUUCCUACCCUGGAUCUCCUCAGCCAUGAGGACGUAUCACAAUUCACCAGGAGUGCACAAAAUGGCGCGUACAUGGGAGCACUGACCUUUAAGUAUUAUCCAUUCAGACUUACUGCACUUCACCUGUCCAAAAACCCAUCCUAUUAGGGGAACCUUGUGCAGAAAUUGGAUGUAUAGGUAAAUUCAACUAGAUUACCUGAGGAAAGCCUUGAAGUGGUAGCUUGACCAAAGAAUUAUCAACAUGUUUAUGGUCUUGGGAAAUGAGAAAGCGUCAAAUGAAAAGACUUAUGGGACUUGCAUGACAAAGUCAUAGAAAAUCACCACUCUGCCAGACAAUGUACAGGUUGUACUGUCAUGGGGAUUAGUUGUAUGUCAUUAAAGGGUUCAUUUUUGUAUUCAGGGUUUCCUUACAGUUUGACUGUUUUCAGGUGCAACAAACGUAUGAUACACAACAAGUCUGUGUAUCAAAAUGUAAGGCUCAAACAGAUGUUAAAUAACAUUCUGGAUAGUUUUGCCAUGAAGUUUCUCCUUUAUAUGAUUCCCUUGAACAAAUAAUGCCAAAGUUACUGAAGAGAUUUUAACACAGACAACAUGUAGCUGAAAUUCCCUAAGACCUCAAAUGUUUGUAACAAAUAAAACAUUGGUGUCAGAUAUUCAGCUCUUGAGUUGUCUCUCUAUCCUUUGUUUGUAUCACAGAUUGCAGGUCAGAGUGAAUGUUACGCUCUGUAAUGACACACGUUUCUUAGUUUUGUUUUUGGUGGGGACAUGAAUUUAGGGACAAGUAAACAGGUGAAAUGUCAAGGAUAUUUCUAUAACAUGUGUAGAUUAGAAAUUAGAACGUAUGAGAUAUUCAUAGUUAAAUCAGUGUUUUAUUUGUUUGGUUUGAUUGUAAAUAUUAGUAACAGAUUUUUUGAAAAUGGAUGUUUAUUUGUAAGUGAUCCAUGGAUUUCAAUCUCAAAUGUGCAAUAACAACCAGAAUGAUGUUCUUAUUAACCAUUUCUGCUUCAUAAGUUACUAAGGAAUUACGGUUAGCAACACCAAGUCAUAUUACAUAUUCAUCACAAAAUGAUGCACUACACUACAGAGAUCAUACUCAGCUGUGUGUUGUCAGUUAAGGGCCUAUUACCUGCUGAGAACCACAACUACCUUAUUGGUAGCAACACAGCAACACUAGAAAAACUCUGUAUUGUCUGUUGAUCAUCAUGACUCAAUUUGCUGUAGUUUAUUGUGAUGUAGUUUAUCAAGCUUAUUUGAUGGUCUUUAUGCUUUCAUUUCCUCGUUUUAUAUUGUUUGAAGUCUAGUCUCUAUGCAGAUGACUUCAACAGAUGUGAAUGUAUAUAUAUUUUCUGUGAAGAAAUUAUGAAAUUCUUAGUAAGGAUGUUAUUGUUACUGAUUUAAACUCUGUUCCUUCUGUAAAUGUAAAUUGUUCUAUUGAAUAUUGUAUUGAAAUAAAGAUUUAAUUUAACAAACUGGA